GGGGCAGGGCAGGGUCCUCCCGGUGCCGAGCGGCCAUUUUUGGCCCGCCGGCCGGUUCUGUACCCGCCCCCGAAACCGCCCCAGUCUCCGCCCUCCGAUCCUGAGCCGCCGCCGCCGCUGGGGCCGCCUCCGCUCCGGAGCGGGGCAGCAGCCAAGAUGUUACGUUUCUUUCGACGAACUCUGGGGCGUCGGUCUAUGCGCAAGCAUGUGGAGAAGGAGCGGCUAAGAGAGGCCCAAAGAGCUGCAACCCACAUCCCUGCGGCUGGAGAUGCAAAAUCCAUCAUCACUUGUCGAGUAUCGUUGCUGGAUGGAACUGAUGUCAGUGUGGACUUACCGAAAAAAGCCAAAGGCCAACAUCUGUUUGAACAGAUCAUGUAUCAUCUGGAUCUCGUUGAAAAUGACUACUUUGGACUCAGAUUCAUGGAUUCUGCACAAGUGGCACAUUGGUUGGACAACACAAAGAGCAUUAAAAAACAAGUCAAAAUUGGUCCACCAUACUGUCUGCAUCUUCGUGUAAAAUUUUACUCCUCUGAGCCUAACAAUCUCCGUGAAGAGUUAACAAGGUAUUUAUUUGUUCUUCAGCUAAAACAGGAUAUUCUCAGUGGAAAGUUGGAAUGCCCGUUUGACACAGCCGUCCAGUUGUCGGCUUAUACCUUACAAGCUGAACUUGGAGAUUAUGAUCCUGCUGAACAUGUUCCUGACCUGGUGUCUGAGUUCAGGUUUAUGCCCACUCAAACCGAAGAGAUGGAACUGGCCAUUUUUGAGAAGUGGAAGGAAUACAGGGGGCAAACGCCAGCCCAAGCUGAAACUAACUAUUUGAACAAAGCUAAGUGGCUGGAAAUGUAUGGGGUGGACAUGCACAUAGUCAAGGCAAGGGACGGCAAUGAUUACAGCCUUGGACUGACCCCGACGGGAGUUCUGGUCUUUGAAGGUGAAACCAAGAUUGGUCUGUUUUUCUGGCCGAAGAUAACCAGACUGGACUUCAAGAAGAACAAAUUAACACUAGUUGUUGUUGAAGACGAUGAGCAGGGGAAGGAGCAGGAGCACACUUUUGUGUUUAGGCUGGAUCACCCCAAAGCCUGCAAACACUUGUGGAAGUGUGCAGUGGAACAUCAUGCCUUCUUCCGCCUCAGGGGACCCGUCCAAAAAGGCUCAAGCCGAUCAAGCUUCAUUCGGCUGGGAUCACGGUUCAGAUACAGUGGGAAAACAGAGUACCAGACAACCAAGACCAACAAAGCUAGAAGAUCAGCAUCCUUUGAAAGGAGGCCCAGCAAGCGAUAUUCAAGGAGAACACUACAAAUGAAAGCAAAUGUUGCUAAACUUGAAGAAACAAGCAUUCCGAACAAUGUCUUACAUCAGAAUAAUGGAUCACAACAAAGCUGGAAUGCAAAGCCGACCCUGCCUGUCAUAAUGACAGUUCCAUCUGGCCCAGUCUUAGUGGAAAUAGAAAACCUUCCUAGGAGCCCUGGAGCCAGCCAGCAAGAUACGAAAUGGCCCUUUGAUGCUGCUGACUGCCGUCAACGUGGUGGAAGUGUAUGGAACGCAUGGGCCUCGCCCUCGACCCAGUCUGCGGAUAGACACUACACUGAUUUUGUCCAUGAGCGCAAUGUGAAGAAUGCAGGAAUUCAUAGUGAUGCCAUUGGUUAUGCUGUCCAAACUACCAUGACCGAUCUAUGAGACGUUGGCCUUUUUGGAGCUUGAGGCUGUUCUGUAACACAGUCUGGAAUGUUACCUUUUCUGAGUUGUCUCUAAGAUAAGGACAAUGGACGCAGAGCUGAUUAGGAAAACCCAGACCUUGUGCCAAGGCCCCUGCAUAUGGUGCUGUUGUAUUGAAUCUUUUAAAGAAAAAAUAGCAUAUACACUACUAGUCUGUUACCCCAGGUAUUCUUGUACUGAAAAGAGUGUGUAUCUUUUUAAUUGUGUUAAGAUUUUUCUUAACGAUUAAAGGAUUUUAGCUGGUUGUAACUCUGAGGACCGACCCCUGCAGGAAUUUGCAUCUGUAACAAAGUUGGGUAUUGCACCUGUGGUAUUAAGUGUGAUUUCAGGAAUUGAACUAAAUCAGAGGACCAUCAUUAUGUAUAACUGCCCUUCCUCUUGCUCCAUAAUUGUUUGUUUAAAAAAGCAUGUUUCUUGGAAAUUAAAUGAAAUUAUUUUAUUAAAAAAAAAAAAUCAGAGCCCCGGAAAAGGUACCAAGUUGAAUUUGGGGGGAGGGGUAGCAGGGAGAGUAUAUUUUUGAAGGAUGUCUUAACUGCUUGUAUAGGAAAACCAUGUUUCUUCCCCGGUUUUCACUGUAGGGAAGGUUUUAAGACUUUUGCUAUUAGUGGAACAGCUCAGUCCAUAUCUAUAUGUACACUUAAGAACAGCUCAGUUCUUAAUACACUGAACCAUAGGCUUGAUCCUGUUCCUGUUGUCAGUGUCUUCCUGGCAACACUCCACCCCAGUUUGAAUAAACACUAUUACUGCUACUCCA